CGAUCGCGAGAGUUUGAGCUGGACUUGGUCUAGUCACUGACAGGAGCUACCACCUUGUGUGUAUUAUGGCAUGUACGACAGGGCAAGAUAACCAAUAUGAAUGAGAAGCGUAAAGCGACCUUAUAUAUCUAUGGACUACCCAAAUCAACGUGUACACGACGAGACUUAUUCACAAUAUUUUCCUCUGUUGCUCAAGUCCAUCAAGUUUCGAUUUGCAGUGAUGAGGGUAUUGGGUCUGUCACUCUCUGCGACACCUCAUCAGCCGAAUUUAUUUUGGAAAAGAACUGGGAUAUAAAUGGCUGUAAACUGAAACUUAGCCGACGUCCAACUAGGGACAAAACCAAAAUCACUACAAAGCCUCAGAAACAACAAGAAAGAGAAGAAGCAGUUGAUAGAGGGAUUUAUCAUUCGGUCGUACCAUUCCGGUCUUACUCUGAUUACCAGAGAAAAAGACCAGCAUUUUGGCAGGAUGUGCCUCAUCACAAUUCACAGAUGGUCAAAUCAAACAGACACAGGAAAAAGCAACACCAUUUCUGGAGACACACUGUUCCAAUCCAAACAUGUAAGGUUCAAUCGAGAAAGAUAAAACGCCGACGAAAGAAGCGAAAACAUUCCAAGGUGACUGCAAUACCAGAUUGGACAUGUAUAGAACCCUGCCACACAUUGACAAGUAAUAGAGAAUUUGGAUCCUGUACACUACCGAUUGAGGUUAGCCACAAAAAAUAUUCACAAACAUCCCAAACAAGUGUCCAUGAAGUUAUAACAAACAAUAAAGAACACGACGAUCAAUGCUUAGAAUCAACGAAAUUUAAUCAGAUGAGCAUUGUUAAAACCACAAACAAUGCAACACCUUCUCAUUCAAAUGAUAGGCACAUCCCAGUAAGUGUUCGUUCCAAUGGAAAGAAAUACAUUAUCCCUGUAGACACAUUGCGUCCAUUACAGAGUGUUACGGAAGGCAUUAAACAAAUAGAGAGAAUACCGCCGCGAAACCAACUUUUGUUUUACCAAGGUCAUGUACUGAAUGACAACGUAGCUCUUCAGCAGUUACAGCCUCAUGAUCACGUGGAAAUAAUUGUGAAGGCUAAAGGUGGAAUGCUUAACGAAGGUGUCGAUACCACAGCUGAGAGUGGCCCUGAACCUACUACAAAUAGCACAGAGGACGAAGUAACGAAAUGGCUAAAGGAUGUAGUGAGGAUACAAGAGGAGACAUUGACUAAAUGCUGUGAGGUUGACGGCGAAAUGUUAUUUCGUUAUAAUCGAAAUGAAUACAAGACAUUUGCUGACGACUUUGAUAUCACUAUUGGACAGGCCCUCCGAAUUUUAGUUGUUCGAGAUGGCAGUUGUUACAAGCAUGCGGACACAAAAGUAGCUGGAUGGACCAAAGAAAACGUUUCUUCUUUCAUGAUGGAGAUUCUUAAAAGUAAAGAAUCUGCAGAAAGAGUAUGCCAAUUUGUUAAAAAGAAUAUGAUAGAUGGACUUGUUCUGUGUCAAUACGAUGGUGACCUGGAUAUUUAUCGAGAUUUUCCAGACAUAGGUAUACAAAAAGGAAUCAUUAAAAAAAUAUUUACAAAACUUGGCAAUUUACUGGCAGAAAGCAGAUUGGAUGAAAAAUACGUUUCAUGUAUUUCUGCAAGUCAAACUGUUAAUCCUAGAGAAGUGUUUCAAAACAAGAAUGUGAAAGAAAUGCAAUCAUCCGAUGUUAUUACUCUUUCAUCCCGUGAGCUAUCCCCAAGAACGCAUGAUAAUACAUCAGCAGGAAACGUAGCACCAGAUAUUAAAACGGACGUAACAACGAUUAAUACUGAAGACGUAUCUAUUUCUACUUGUACAACUGGAGACACGUUCGAGCGACCGUUUGUCUCUAAAGAAAAGUCCACAGUUAAAAGAGAAAGCGAUUUUAUUCACGUUCUGGACGCUCCAACAAAUAAGAACACAAUAAAUGAUCCAACAUUAACACAAAUUGAUGCAGACACAAAGCAAACUUCAAUAGCAGGGAAAGCUAAACGAAAUAUCUUAUCAGGAACAACUUCAUCAGCAACAGGGGAUCAGUGCACUAGUGAAAGCGAAAAUCCUGUCAGUGUGAUGGUUGGAACGAUAAACACUAACACAAGGGAAUAUUUCACCUUUAUUGAAAAGACUUUACAUCUCAGCAGCUGUAGACCUAGUGCCAUUAAGCCGUGUUGUCCGCUCAACCUUCAUGUGUUUUCAUACAAUUCAUCGCGACUAAACGAACUUCAGAAACAACUGCUCUUCUUCGUAUUACUCAGAGAAAAAGAUCUCCCGACAGGGGAAUCACAGAAAAUAUUUUGGCAUAAAAUAGCAAAGGAACCAAUGCUAUGGCUGAACCGUGUGCUUACUCCAACUGAAAAAAAUAUGAUCAAACCAACAAAAUCUGAAGGGAAGUUGAAAAUCAACGGAAAGGAGUGUUCGCUUAUUGGAUUACAAGUAACAAUGCAACGUGUUAUGGAUAAAGGAUUGCAAACCUUACUGAGCUUCAAUAAUCAUAUUCUCCUAGUGCAUCGCCAUGCGCUCGAAAAGGACACAAUAGGGUACGUGGUAAAGUUGCAAUCACAUAGGGGAAAAUCAACAGUAACAUAUAAUUUUACAUUCUUUCAUGAGAAAAAAUAUAUUUUAUUCGACUUGGAAGACUUUUCCUACGGCUUUACGGAUUUAGAGAUUGAUUCUUGCAAACAAGGAACAUUGCAGCCUUGGGAGGGAUCUGUUUCCCUUCCACCUGAAGACGUACAAAAUGUACAUGUUUCUAUAAAACACGGUUCAGAAAUGAAAUCUAAUAUCUCGGUAUCAUCAAAUAAUGUUCAAACUAAGAUACCAUUCGAAUCAGAAAUUAAACAGCAACGAAACGAUUCUAAUGUGCUAGUUUUGUCAGAUUUUCAAAAUGAAAGGUUCAUCGAUUUGUCAAACACAAGUGAUAAACAAAAUAUGAAAAAUGAAGCGAUGCCAAUGCACGAAUUUGAGCAUUUAACUGCAUCAAAUUUAUCCGAGCAAAAUCGGUAUUUUGGAAAAAGUUCGUCCAAUCUCGUGUAUCGAGAAGGUAGAACGCUUGUUGAACUUGAAAAUAAUGACUCAUUAUCCGGCCGUUGUAUUAGUUAUCAGCAUUUCAAUAAAGAAUUUAAUCCACAAAACGAUCCAUUGAUGUCAGACAUUAUCUUCAGGACCCUAAAAUUUGCAUGUGCCUGCUUGAAUUCUAGGCGAAACGGAACAAUUUAUUUCGGGGUAGGAACAGAGGAUGGUGUCAGGCGUAAUGAAGUGAUUGGAAUUAUUUUGAAUUUCGAACAAGAUCGGCAAAUUAUAGCGGAUCAUCUUCGGUGUUGCAUCAACAAAUACUUUCUCGAUCCACUUUCAAAUGUCACAAACCAGUGUAUCAGUCCUCCACAUUUCAUUCAAGUCGUGCAAAAUGAGGCUUCUGUUGCAAGGUUUGUAAUGGAAUUCGAUAUAGAACCAAAGUCUUCUGUGUGCAAAGACAUGUUCUUCAAGAUGUCAUGGCCUGUUAUACACGAAAAAAAUGUCAAAGGCAGAUGUGCAUAUGGAUUUGUGUUUGAUGGAUUAGAAACAAAACAAAUAUCAGGAAAUGAUGAGAAACUAUUUAUUCUCACCGAUCUAAAAGAGAAAAUAAUGGAAAGACAACAAAAAGAAGAAUUCAAAAGUAUCAAAAAUGAAAUGUCCGAAUCGGCAUUUUCAAAAUUACAAAGACGUCUUCUUGGCGGACAGGACAAAAUAAUACCAUCUGUUUGGUACAGUUUAGUUUUGACGUGUCCUACUGUUCAGCAGAAAAUGGAUAAUGAUUGGAAAAAUUGUUUUAAUUUCAUCAAAAGAAUGCCAAUAACUGCAGUUUUUGAUUUUGACGACGAAUCGAACGUCAACGGUCUCUGUUGUCAUCUUCGAAAUUGCGAAAAAACGCAACUACAAAGUUGGUUAAUUUUCGAACAAAAUCCCGGUAGCUAUGAGAAGUUACAAAGUAUUCUAAAAGUUCCUUAUUCUGACGAGAACAUAUGGGUGUUUUGUAACGGACGAAUUAUUGACUCUAAUAACAAAUACCCGCAUUUGAAACGUGACGAAUGGAUGCUUGAAUAUUCGACAGGGAUAAGUCAGGCCGUUCAUUUUCUUAAAUCAUCAAUACCCAAGAAAAGACUCUAUGUAAUGAUUCUUCUCUUAUCUAACGACCUUGAAGGUGUUAUUGACACCUUUGUUGAUUUUAUUGGUAGAUUUGGAUGGGAAUAUGUCGUAUUGAUAGCAGAAGAGGAAAAGAUAUUUGAUGAGUUUUGCAAAGCUAUACUUUUGGAACGGAAAGGUACUAGACAGCAGCUGGAGGAAAUAAGUUUGGUUGGAUUACCAUGGGAGCAAGGUAAUGCAGCCAUGAAUGAAAUUUCAGGCCACAACGAAUACGGUAGCUGCUACAUUCCUGCAUCUAGUGGUGGUACAAUUCCACUCGAGGAAAAGUUCCUGGAAUCUCUUACUGAUUUGGAAAUCCUUAGUGCAACGCAAUGUGAGAACAAGGAAUUUAAAGAUGAUAAAAAAAGAAGAGCAUUUGCACACAAUAAGGAAAUAGAAUUUUAUAGGGGAAACAAGGUGACGUGGUGGAAUUACUUUUUCAAUACCCAUGUUCUUAAAAGAAAUUGUUUUCAAGAACUUCAUGAUAAUAUUAACAGCCUUCUUUGUGUAAAACAGCCUGAUAACAAAGUUGCAACUGUAAUGAUUACAUAUGAGCCAGGUGCAGGUGGAAGUACCCUUGGACGCCAUCUGUUAUGGGCAUUUCGGAAAAAAUUCCGAUGUGCUGUUGUCAAAAAAAUCACCGAUAGAACCCAUUCGAACAUUAUGUUUUUACAUCAAUACAAAGAGGAUACCUCCAACGCUAAACCAGUAAUUCUAUUGGUUGAUGAAGUACCACAAUCUGAUUUUUUCUUUUAUGAACUAGAGAAUAGCAUAAAUAUAAAAAACCGUACCGUGUCAAAUCAUAAUCAACUGAUUUGCUGCAUGAUUGUAUUACAGCGUGAUGAGCACCUUGAUGACCUCUCGAAUCAGCCAUCAAUGUACAGAAAUGCUUGCAUGAACAAACAAUUCCACACUCAAAAUCUGAGGCAAAAAUGUUUUCCAAAAGAAAUUGAUUGGUUAAAAGAUAAAUAUUGUGAACUGGAAGAAACAGGUAAAGACUUAGGAAUGGAUUUUAAACCUGAACAUUUAAUUUCUUUUAUGAUUUUGCGUCAAAGCUUUAAAGAAGAGUACGUCAAAAACACUGUACAUUCUCUAAUGGAUUCUACCCAAAUGUCACCUACGGAAUGUCUGCUUUUAAAGUAUGCCAGCCUGAUAUCAGCAUUCAUGCCUUUUUCACGAUUGGGUUUUAAAACAUACAUUCCACUCGAAUGUUGCGACACACUUAUGACGGUGAAUUCUUCCACUUCUUCUAGUAACUACUGGGAACGACAUUUAUCGCACACCACGAGAAUUUUUCUAGUGAUUGAAAAAAAAGAAAACGCAAGUGGGAUGCAGGUACGAGUAGCUCACGCCAUUUUAGCAAAGGCUGUUCUAAGGGAAUUUCUUGAAAUUGAAAAUAAAUCGCUAGGAAAAAUUAUCGAAGAAUUUUUAGAUUGUCCCCUUUUCGAAUCAGCAACUCAUGGCAGAAAAGAUUUGAUCGAAAUGACAAAAGAAAUGCUUAAGCGCCGUUUGAAGGAGGAAUAUGACGACGAAGUGAAUACUUCCUUUUCGCCACUUAUAGAAGAAAUACUAGAACAUCCUUCUGGAUGCAAAACUCAAUCAGCAGUUGCAAGUGCUGUUACUGUCCUCAAGAAAGGAUUUGAAAAAUUUAAAGAUCCAAUGAUUGCCCAAAGUUUGGCCCGAUUGCAUACAAAACACGAACAAUUUGAAGAGGCAAUCACAUAUGCAGAAAAGGCAGUUGAACUCUCACCACCUGUUGGACGCUCGUAUUGUACUCAUACAUUAGGAUAUGUAUUGAAAACAAACUUUAUCAUGGAUACACAUCAGUUGGGAAAAUUGUCACCGUGGAAUUCGACAAAAUAUCUGAACGUUAUAUUUCGUGCUCUUGGCUGCUUUCGGGAAGCACAAAAAGACCGAUUUACUAUGCAAGAUCAUGACUUCCUAUUCUCAUAUAUUGAUACGGUAUCUACAAUAAUUAUGAUUUGCGGUUUCCUCAAAGAUUGUGUGGAUGUAAGUGACCUUUUUCUUUUAACACAAUAUUUAACAGACGACGAAUACAUACCAGAUGAAGUAAAAGAUUCAUGGGAUACAUUGCAUUCCAGUUUCAAAUCUCUACAACAAGUCGGUGAAAAUGUUUUCGAAAAGUUAGAAGAUCAUAUAAGUUUUAAUACAACAUACUACGAACAUGGCGGUUUUACAGGAAAAAUUAAAUCUCGAUUGCCACACCGAUCAUGCCGAUUAUUGUGGUACAAAUACCCAAUUAUGCUUUCGGAUUUCGCAACUUACUUUGGCGAAGACAAAGACGACCCUCCACAGCAGUUACGCGGAGAAAUGAGGAACAGAUGGCACCGUCGACGAAUUUUGACACUGCAAGGAAAUGUCUAUUGGGGUUUCUUCCAUACUCAGAACUCAUCACAAAAUCAAAGCAAAAAUAAAAAAGAAUUAGAUAGAUUGACGAAAAUUAAGAAACAUUUAGAUGCGAUCACUGAGAAAGAUUCUAAGGACAUGUCUAACUGUGUGUGUGUCAAUGUUGCGCUCGGUUUACUUGGAUGUGCUAACAGAUUAUCAGAUGAAGAUAUUUACAAUAUGUGCAGGCAUAUAGUUACAUUAGGGAAAGAAAGAGUCGAAAUUGGCCAUUUCUUCGUCAUGAUGUUGAUGUGGCCUACAAGCAUUUUGAAAGUUCCCUACAAUGAUGACGCGUUUAAGGACUCGCUAAAGUUUUUAUCCGACAAAAGCAAAAAGAGCAAACGUCAAAUCCUACAAAAACCAAAGACUUCUUUCCCGAAAGAGGGGAAAACUAUGCUGUCACCUUCAACCCAGUUUUUCCUGACAAAGCUUGAGGGUUUAAGAUCUAUUUGUCACAGAAGUGAUAUAUUUUUCAAAGAGAAUCACGACUCACAGACUGAUCGUGGAGCCAAUUUUUGGGAUCAACCUAACAUACAACAGACAUUAAAAACGUUAAGAGGACAGCUUGUGUUUAAUGACGGUAUAUAUAUACAAGUAGAGAACCCUCAUACUCCUGGAAAAUAUUUUCAAAUCAGAAAGACCCGAAGUGGAGGCAGGGAAUAUCAUUCAGAGGAGGAGGUAACGUUCUACGUAGGAUUCAGCAUGGCGGGACCAAUAGCAUAUGAUGUUAAACCCCUUAGAUAUGACCAGGACAUGAGAAAUACACUACCACAAUCGUCAAACAUCGGACAUUACAAGAACAAAGACAUAACUGAACUGAAAGAAAUGCAGAGACGAAUCCGACAGAUUGAGCAAAAACGGCCAGACCGACGCAACGAAAGAGAGAAGAAACUUCUGAAUGAUAAAGAAGAUAUUCAAACAGUUUUGGAUUCUAAGUUGGAUAGAGGGCAUUCUGACUUUCACUGACGAGGAAGUAGUUACGGUGCUUCUUUUUAUUUAGCGAUUGAUGUCAGAACACAAUAACUUAAAAUUCGCGAUCUAUGUUGUUCCUAUCGUUCUACAUAAAGUGUAAAACUUACUGUCAAACGUGUUCAUUGGUCAUGCUCCAUUAAGAGACCAUGUGUGUUAAGUGGCCAUUUUCGUUUCCCGUUUAAGUGAGCUCAAUAUGUAUGAAGAGACCAUAUGUUUGGUAAGGAACCGAUUUUUGGACUUCCAGGGUGUGAUAAUAGUGGAUUUAUUUAUUUAACAAGAAGUUAGGGAGCAACACUUACCUUCCAGAAGAGUGUUGUUUUCCUUUGUGAGAGAGCUUUAUUUUUGUCGCGUCUUAGGACCGAGAUCAAAGUAAAAACUGUUGUUACUGUAAAUGAAAAAUGUUUUCUGCACUUGAGCUUGAAUUAUUUUCAACCGCUCAAAGCAAAAAGUCCUGUACUUAAAGCAACUAGCCAUACAUCUCCACAUCAUGCAACUGCCUCGAUCUUCACUUGCAACAUCAACAAAAAAGGACGGCUUACGGAUUUAACUUUUGAAUUUAACAGUUAUAAUUCUAUCAAUAAAAGAUGUUGAAAGCUUACUAACAGAUUUUUUAACAAAUGUUUUCGAGAAAUUUAAGUCGGCAGAUGUUUUUUGAUAUAUAUCAUGUCCUUUUGAAUAUCGAAGUUAUUGAUUAUGCUCAUGAAAAUCCUGUGGUUUAAUGAUACUUGACUUUAUAUGGUGGAUGUCGAUGCAGCAAUAGCGCUUACCCUCCAAACCAUCUGGUCUUUUUUACAUUUAAAACUCAUUUGUAACACGAAUUCCUUAACAAACGUGUUUGCCGUGGAUUUGAUUUUAGGUUCAAAGAUCACUGGUCAUAGUCAUUUGUGUUAGAAAUAGAAAAUUAGUUUUUCUGCAAAGCUUAUGUUGUUGUUAAUCUAUAAUAUCCAAAAACAUUGUAUUGCUUUCGCACCUGAUAUCCACGUCAAGUGGGUUUUUUUCGUGCAUAGCUUUCCGCUCAAAGGUCGCCUUCUUGUUGGUCUAUAACAGUCAAAUGGCACACAAUGCUAAAUAUCUUUGGUUUGUCUUUCUUGUUCGCAGGUCAAUGUUCAAAGUGAAUGCAAAUAUCAACAAGAUAGGUUGCUGUGCGGGAGCGCAAACUCAAGUUUUCCUUAAACUCGCAAAACGGAAUGUUUGGGAACGUUCUUCAUAUCCGAAGGUCUUAAAAUACAAUCCUCACAAUUCUUCAGGUGAAGUUUCUUUAUGCACAUGCUAUAUUUUUUUUGUAAUGAAUUAUAAUGACUUGCUGUGUGAUGGUUUUGUAUCGCUAAGUACAAUACAUGUGAUGUGUACAAAAUGUAGGUGCAAUCAUUCCUAGCUGGUAAACUGCUUCAAUUUGUAUGGUUGGAAAAAAUAGUAUGGUUAGUGUUGAGAAGGUAGAUGGCUCUCGAUACAUAUGAUAUCAAAUGAAAUUGCCUUGUCGCGAUAUUUAUAUCAUAUAACAUAUUACAUCUACAUAGCCAGGAAUGACGAACAUGUUUAGUUUUUCCAAGUUUUGUGAUUUGUUUAUAAUAUUUAUUAAGUAUCAUUAUAUUGAGUAAUACAUUAACCAAUUUAGAAUGUUUUUGCAUCUAUUAAAAUGUGUAUCGUGCAGGACAUACCAACCACACUAUAAUCAUUGAUCUACGCGGAAAUUAUGUGAUAAAUUCUGAGCAAUGUUCAGCAAAAGCUGUGUCCGGAAAAUAUUAUUAAGAAAAAAAAAAAGAAAAAAAAUAACUUUCAAAAUUUGAAGAUGUGUUUCUUAUAAAAAACACUAUCUAUCAAAAAGAAAAAGUAGUCCGUACUGUAUUUAACACGUAUGAUAAAUUGUAAUUAACAAAUACUGUAAGCAUAGUUAUUAUAGAAUAUGUAGGGAACUUUUACCGAUUGAAACUAUUUGUUUGCUUUGAAUAUUUGUGUACAUAUGCCUUAGUUAACAAGGUACACAUUAUUUUGGUAAAAGUAUUAAACUGUAUGAUAAGUAGUACUGUGUUGAUGAUACGCAAUUUUAUUGAUUUAUUUUCUGCGUUCUUACAGAAUUACAUAAACGAAGAGAUUGUAACGUCUUGUUUGGACAGAAAGUGUCUAAUAUCACUACAGUCAUUGUUAUAUGUAGUAUGCUGAAUGCAUUGUCAUCAACACUAUGCUUACUAUUUGUGUACAAGUACAAUGUAUAUGUCCAUGUCUCACUAUGAAAUGGGAUAUGUGAUAUACCUGUGUAUUUUUGCUAUAUCUCUGCUCUCCCCGUUUGAAUAUUGAUACAAUUAUAUAACUGUAAUGUAAAUCAAAACGUUUCCUGUGCCUGUAUUCAUGAAAGCGCUCUCAUGCUCGACCUAAAACUUCUUGAUAUGUGUUCAAGCCAUAUAGCUUGUUCUGAUGUAAAAUUAAUAGAAAUUAUCAUUGUGCUAAUGAUUUCGAAGAUUUGCUUUCAGUGAGUGUCACGACAGUUUAUUUGAGCACAAAAUCCAUGCUUUAGCAUGAAAACGGUUUCAUGAAUACUUCUUGCCCUGAGGUUUAAUACAAACAGACCGAUGUGAUCGUUCAGUGUAUGAUUGAAUUAUUUAUGUUAACAACUGUGCUCAUGUUGUAGAGAGUUACAAUUGAAUGAUAUUAUAUCUUAAAGUGUAAGAAUGUUAUCAAACCCUAGAUGUGUUUAUAUGAAUCAGGCUUACUGGUUUGGCUUUGAGUGAUCUUGACAGGUUGUAUAAAAACGUGCAUUACCCCUGUUGAAUUCCUUUCAGUAGUGUACGGGGAUUCGUAAAGUGUUUUGUUUUGAUAUUUUCUGUUUGGAUUGUUAACACGUUCUUUAAUGAAAAUAUGAUAUUUAAUACAUGCAGAUAAAA